AAGAAAUCCUCUCUUUUUUUUGCAGUUCUGGCAACAUUAGGCUUGCUCUGAGCUGAGAAGCAAGUUGCUCAAUGGCAACAAAAGGAAAGAAGAAAAAGUCUUCCAAAGAAGAGCAGACUUGGAAGUUGAGCGAUUUUGAAAUUGGGAGACCAUUGGGCAGUGGAAAAUUUGGGAGGGUUUACCUGGCUCGAACAAAAGAGGGAGAGUACAUGGUUGCUCUCAAAGUCCUCUUCAAGGAACAGCUUAUCAAAUAUCGAAUGGAGAAUCAGUUGGUCAGGGAGAUUGAAAUCAGUAUCAACAUCGGGAGACACCCACAUAUAGUGGAGUUCUACAACUAUUUUGACGACCAUGAUCGGAUCUACCUCAUGCUUGAGUACUGCUUCUACGGAGAGCUGUUCCGGGUGCUGCAGGACAGCCCAGGAGGACGCUUCCCAGAGAACCAGGCAGCCACAUAUGUGAAACAAGUGGCCAAUGCUUUGGACUUCCUCCAUUCAAGAGGUAUCAUCCAUCGUGAUAUCAAACCAGAGAACAUCCUAGUUGAUCAUGGUGGGAAUCUCAAGGUCUCUGAUUUUGGAUGGUCUGUCCAUGUCCAUGGUGGGGACAGGCGAGAAACUAUGUGUGGGACACUUGACUAUCUGGCUCCAGAAAUUGUGGCAAAUGAGGACUAUGGUUAUGAUGUGGACAAUUGGUGUGUGGGAGUUCUUUGUUAUGAAAUGAUCAAAGGAUAUCCCCCAUUUGAACACGACUCCCAGAAGGAGACCAGACGUCGCAUCACAGCCCUCUUUUACAAGUUCAACAAUAGAUUCUCUGAUGGUGCCAGAGAUCUCAUUUCCAAGCUUCUUCGGAAGAAACACCGACGACUGAGCCUGGUCGCAGUCCAGGAGCAUCCGUGGGUGGUUGCAAACUACACUGAUCCAGCUAGUUUUGUGCCAAAAGAAGACAGAGCCUCUGCAGAGACCCCACCUGCAGCUGCCUCGAGCAUGGAAGAACAGCCCUCUUCUCAAUUGAACGACUAUACCAUGGAUGUUGAAAGCAGUGUUGGCAAAUAGGACACUGAACUUCAUGCUAGAAUUGUCUUCCAUACAAGUAGAUAUGACCAAACUGGGA